CUGCUGAGCGCCAUGUUUGAUUUUAGCUGGAAUUCGCCUGCUUCUUGUCGAAAUAAACUGUGUUUUUCUUACUUUACUUUCUCCUGACAUCGACUUGAAUUCUCCUGAAGGGCCGAUAGGGAGUUCGUGUUUCCUCCGCUGUGUUAAUAUUUUCAUCUCUGAUUAUAAAUAACAGCUUAAUUAGCGUUAGUCGGCAGCAGCGGGUGUUUCGCGGGCGCAGCCGUCCAGGACUGUAGUAACGUCGUUUAACGCCCGCAGCUAACGAGCACAGCUAACAUCGCGAUAAGCCAAAGUCCGCGGCCGCCUGCUCCUGGAGGGUUUUCAUUCUGAAGGAGUCCGUUCUUUGGACCCUUUUGGCGGCUUGGUUUGCGUUCCCGUCCCUUUACACAGACCUGCAGUAAACGAGGCCUUGAGGAGACCCGUCCACCUUCGGGAGGAGCAGAGCAUGAGGAGAUGAAUGGAGUGACGGAGGAAGAAGAACAAAGCGGAGAGGACGGUCAGCAGCUUCCUGCUGAAGGAGAGGCCUCCAACAUCGAGACACCUGAAAAACCUGCGUCAAAACAAGGCAGCCGUCGGUCAAAAUGCCGUCACCGCUGUUCAUUAUGCGGCAGGGAGUUCUCUCGUCCGUCUCGGCUGGCGGAACACAUGGUCGUGCACUCUGGCGAGAAACCUCACAGCUGCUUGUUAUGCGGGAAGCGCUUCGCCAAGAAGAAGAAUCUGGCGAUUCACCAGAGAGUACACACCGGUGAGAAGCCGUACUCGUGCCCAGACUGCGGGGUCAGCUAUUCCCAGCCGGGCUGCCUGCGGCGGCACCGGCUCGGACACGCUGCAGAGAAGCCCCACCAAUGCUCGGUGUGCGGCCGCGGCUUCAUUCAGCGCCGCCAUCUCGUACAGCAUGAGCGGACGCACACCGGAGAGAGGCCGUUCUCCUGCCCGCUGUGCCCCAAACGCUUCGCCUCCAGGACGGGCCUCGUCGAUCACAAGAAAAGCCACGCAGUGGAGAACCUGCACUCCUGCUCGGUCUGCGAGAAGGUUUUCUCCACGCCGUCGUCUUUCAGGGACCACGUUAGGCUCCACACGGGACAGAAGCCUCACCCCUGCUCGUUGUGCGGCAAGAGCUUCAACCGGCCCGGCCUGCUGAGGAAACACCUGCAGAAACACACAGAGGACAGCGAUGUGCUCCAAGCUGCUGCCAGCAAGAAACAAGACGAGUCGCUCGAUGGCGGCAGCGUGGCGCCAGUUUCUGCGGGGAGCUGCGGUCUGAACGGGCUGCAGGAGCUGAAGGUCGAGAGCAGAAACGAUAAUGACGAGGAAGAAGACGUGCUGCGUUCACUGACCGACGGGGGUCCCAGCGGCGUGACGAAGCUCCACAGCUGCUCCGUCUGUGGGAAGAGCUACCCGAAGCCGUCCAGGCUCAGACAGCACUUCAAGAUCCACGCCAAGGAGAAGCUGCACCGCUGCUCAUUGUGCGAGAAGGCUUUCACCACCACGACCAACCUGAGAGCCCACGAGAAGACCCACAUGACCAACAAACCUCACCCCUGCAGAAUCUGCCCCAGGAGCUUCCUGAGGCCCUGCCUGCUGCGGAAACACAUGAGGAUCCACGUCAGGGACGGACUCAUCGCCGACUCUGCUGACAUAG